CGGGCUAUGUAGGGAUACAACAGCCCGGCCAACCACCCGCGACUCUUAGCAUUGGUUUAUGUGUUCCAACAGGAUGCAGUAACCAAGACUUAAAACACUUACUGAACGCAUUUAUAUCUAUCCUACGAAUAAAAUCUCCACUUUUGGAAAAGGCUGCUUUUGCCUGCAACAAACAAGACCGACCGUUGAACAGCGGUGCAAUUGCAGUUAUAUGCAUCGCAGGGUUAGUUGUGCUAUGUGUACUUAUUGGAACCACAUAUGACAUCGUACACCAGAACAUGGGUUUUAAUCACAAACCAUUGAUUCCCUACGCCAGUGAGACAAAAUUCACCAGUAACGGUGCUGCCUCCAUGGGUGUUGAUGAACACACACCACUAAUACAUUCUCAGAAAACUGUGGGUUAUUCGAAUUCCGAAAAUAAUGGCGCAAAUGGCAUUAUGCAUAAAGUCCUUGUAGCUUUUUCUGUAUACACAAACGGUGCCAAAGUUCUGAACACCAAGCAAGCCAGUGGGGCUCUCACUUGUGUCAAUGGAAUACGGUUUCUGAGUCUCGCCUGGGUUAUUUGGGGACACACCUACGUUUUUGCAAUGACUACGAUUGAUAAUAUAUCCUCUGUAACUCAGGAUUUAAUGAAACGGUGGACGAUGCAAGUCUUAAUUAGCGGUCCCUUUUCCGUGGAUUCUUUCUUUGUUCUGAGCGGUCUUCUUGUCACAUAUCUUACCAUGAGAGAGAUGAAGAAGGGGAGUGGCAGAUUCAGGAUCAACUGGGGGCUUUAUUAUUUCCACAGAUUCUGGAGACUAACCCCGCCCUAUAUGUUGGUGCUGUUGGUUUAUGUUCCCACUAUAUACUACUGGACAAACGGCCCCAUGUGGGUCAGUACCGUUGAUGGUUUCGACCCUUACUGUAGCGAAACUUGGUGGACAAAUUUACUCUACAUAAACAAUGUUGUAAAAUCAAAGAAAAUGUGCAUGGGUUGGUCCUGGUAUCUAGCCAAUGACAUGCAGUUCUUUGUUAUCAGUCCUUUAAUUCUAUUUCCUCUGUUUUGGAACGAGAUAAUUGGCGUGGGUGUUUUGCUUGCAACUCUGCUCGGAUCAUGGAUAACAACUGGUAUAGUCUCCAACGUCAAUCAACUCCCACCAGGAUCUACCAACCAGGCAGGUUUUGAUAUAUUAUAUGUUAAACCAUGGAUACGAAUAGGACCUUACUUAAUAGGGAUGCUGGUUGGUUAUAUAUUGUACGUUACUGAGUGCAAACCCAAACUAAACAGGUUAACGGCAUUAAUUGGCUGGGUGGUAGCUACGGCAACUGCCCUCGCACUGGUAUACGGCCUUUAUGACGUUUACCAAGGUCACCCGCUCAGUAACGAUGUUGGCGCAUUUUACAACGCAGUCUCAAGAACUGCUUGGGGUGCAUGUGUUGGUUGGGUUAUAUAUGCUUGCUGUACUGGAUAUGGAGGGUUCGUGAAUACCUUAAUGUCCUGGAAGGCGUUUGUACCUCUGAGUCGUCUGACAUACUGUGCCUAUCUCAUCCAUCCUAUCAUUAUGUAUGUGGUAUAUAUGGGAAGAGAGACGCUUAUACAUGCUACAGAUGUGACAAUGACAUAUAUCUACUUUGGAAACAUGGUGGCGUCGUUUGCGGGUGCUUUCAUCGUAUCCAUGGUCUUUGAAGCUCCAAUGAUGGGGCUUGAAAAAGCUAUAUUACGGCGGGAAAAGUCAGCAUAGACUGCUGGAAAAACAUGGAGCAGAGGAACAAAGCCGUAUGAGGCAAAGCUGGUCUUGUAUCCAUUCUUACUUUUACCCAAACUUAAAUCCUAGGGUAUACGAAUAUAUUACAAAAAGAACAAACAAUGGGAUCUUACAUUCCCAAGUGCAGCUUUUAGAUUUCUUAUAAAGUUUCUGCUAAAUAGGGGUAGUUUUUCACAGUUACGUAAUGUAACAAUAAAAAAAUCAAAUGGAGAACUUUCUUAAAGCAGUUGUGGAUCAUAUAACAUGGUCAUGAUGCAUUACCUCGGAAAUGAGACUGUUCUUAGAGUACCUACGCUUAUCUAUAUUUGGAGACUUUUUAUUUAUAUUUGAAUGCAGACAUAUUAUUUGAUUGUUAUUUAAAUUCUUAUGGUGCCAAUAUAAACGGAGUAUGUAUGUGUUUUUAAGAGGACUUUCAGUUAAAUGAUGUCAAUGUUAAAUGUUUAUUAUGUGGGAUGCAUAAUGCAUUGUAUUUGAACAAACAAUUUGUUUUUUAUUGCGAAUUAUACUUUUAUUUGA